AAAAAAAGCAACCACAUUUCUUUCUCUAUCUCACUCUCUCGUUUAACAUUCUCAUGAAAUUAGGGUUUUAGAAAGAUAGAUCGAUUGAAGAUGAGGAAAGGUAAGAGAGUGAUAAAAAAGAUAGAGGAGAAAAUAAAGAGACAAGUGACAUUCGCAAAGAGAAAGAAGAGUCUAAUCAAGAAGGCAUAUGAACUCUCUGUUCUCUGCGAUGUCCACCUUGGUCUCAUCAUCUUCUCUCACUCCAACAGGCUCUACGAUUUCUGCUCCAACUCUACCAGCAUGGAGAAUCUCAUCAUGAGAUACCAAAAGGAAAAAGAAGGUCAAACCACUGCAGAACACAGUUUCCACUCGGAUCAGUGUUCAGAUUGCGUGAAGACGAAGGAAUCAAUGAUGAGAGAGAUAGAGAAUCUUAAGCUGAAUCUUCAAUUGUACGACGGACAUGGCUUGAAUCUCUUGACCUACGACGAGCUCCUUUCUUUUGAGCUCCAUCUCGAAUCUUCUCUACAACAUGCUCGAGCUCGCAAGUCUGAGUUCAUGCAUCAGCAGCAGCAGCAACAAACAGAUCAAAAGCUUAAGGGAAAAGAAAAGGGUCAAGGAAGCUCUUGGGAGCAGCUGAUGUGGCAAGCAGAGAGACAGAUGAUGACGUGUCAAAGACAAAAAGAUCCUGCGCCGGCGAAUGAAGGAGGAGUUCCUUUUUUACGGUGGGGAACAACCCACCGACGUUCUUCACCUCCUUAAGCUACCACAACCAGGCCCAAAUACAGGCCCAUAACUUCUCUCUAUCUAUAAAAAACAACUGAUAGUAAAAAGUAUUGACCCGGUUUGGUUCGGUUAUGUUGAUACCAGACUA